CUCAUCAGGGAUGUGCUUUUCACGACGGUGCGUCCACAGAAAGCGAAGGAGUGCGUUUCAUACGCCUACGUGAGGAUGCUGAAAUUGGAAAGGAAAUUCUAACCAUAAAAGCAUAUCCACGUUCAAAAAUCUCCCUACAAUCACCCGAUAAUACGGGAGAUCAUAAAUAUUUUGCCAUACAUGAAUAUAAUUUAACAUCAGUUGUUGUGACCCUGACAAGGUCACUGGAAGACCUUGUCGAUCGAGAUGUGCCAAGAAAUCUAUUAAAAUUUCGCAUUGUUUGUGCGGCGAAAAAUGAGAAACUCGAAGAAGGCAGCUACCUAUCGGUGACUGUGUACAUUGAAGAUGUCAACGAUAAUAAACCGGAAUUCCUCAAUACCCCCUAUAUUGUAGAUAUUAAAGAGAAUACACCACCAGGAACAAUUGUGUUCGAAGGCAUACAGGCCUUUGAUAGAGAUAAGCCAAAUACCCCGAAUUCGGAGGUGCAUUUUAGUAUGUCAACUGUGCCAGAACAGCUAUCAGCAGAUGGUAGUCCAUAUUUUGCUCUCAAGUCACCGCAUCGUCCGUUGUUGAUAUUGAAAAAGGAAUUGGAUUUUGAUAAUGGUAUACGGCUGUUUAAAUUGCCUUUGUUCGCCUGGGAUCGUGGUACACCAGCGAAUCAGGUUAAUACUACUAUAACCAUUAAUGUCAAGGAUGUUGAUGAUCUGCCGCCGAAAUUUACCGAGGGUGUUUAUCGUUCGAAAAUUGAUGAAUUUUAUCCAAUGACGGGAGUACCUAUUAGAAUACCCUUGUACUUCAAUCCACCCAUUAUGGCUUUUGACCAGGAUUCCUUGAAUGCGUCCUUGGUCUAUGACAUAAUUUCAGGAAAUGAGCGAAAACUGUUUCGAGUUAAUCCCAAUAAUGGUAUUGUAUAUCUGCAAAAGGAAAUAGAUUUGGAAGAAGAAAGUCUACCGGGUAACACAUUCGUGUUACAAAUUGAAGCUCGUCAAAAGGAUAAUCCGCUGAGAAAGGCUUUAGCAAGAAUCGAAGUCGAGAUUUUGGAUUUAAAUGACAACAUGCCAGAGUUCGAAGCCGAUUUCUACAAUAUAUCGAUUGUAGAAAAUCUACCCACCGGUUUUAGUGUCCUGCAAGUCAAUGCCGUGGAUCGUGAUCAAGGUGAAAAUGCUGAAUUCCUCUACAAGCUCAAAGAGAAACCCGAUGCGAAGGGUGCAUUCUGCAUCGAUUCUCGUACGGGUUGGAUAACAGUUCGUGACGAUCGUUUAUUGGAUCGUGAAAAACGUAAAUCGAUACAUUUAGAAGUUGAAGCUCUGGAACGUAUGCCUUCAUAUAUGGAUGAUAUAAAUUCGAAGAAACCAGCACCGAAUUCGGUGAAAGUGGAAAUAACUCUGCUCGAUCAAAACGAUAAUACACCGAAAUUUGAAAAUGGUAAUUUAUAUGAAUUUAAGGUACCCAUAACCGCGCCAGUGGGUUAUGUGGUGGGACAGGUAUUGGCUCGAGAUCCCGAUGAGGGACCGAACGGUAUGUUAUUGUACGAUAUGCAAAGGCCAAAGAAAAGUGGUUAUAUACCAUUUCGAUUGGAUAGUAAAAAUGGUACAAUUUAUGUGUCGGGGCCAUUGAGACGAGGACGGAUUGCCGUGUUUGUGGAGGCCAGUGAUCAGCCUCUAAAUCCCUCCGAACGACGUUUCUCCUUGGCAGUCAUUACAAUUGAGGUUUUUGCCACCUUGGAUGACCAGUCGAUUGAUUUUAUUGGUGCUCCCUAUGAAUUUUGGAUUGGUUCGAAUGCCCCUCUCGGCACUUCGGUGGGGCAAGUACGCACAACCCUGCUAUAUGAUGGUGAUGAUGAUAUUAUGUAUGACCUACUACACACAUAUUCUGAAGGUGUUCCAUUUGCCAUUGAGGAGAGAUCGGGAAUUAUUACAGUUAUCCGUGAAUUGCAGGAAUUUAAGCGAAAAGUAUAUCAUUUUGAGGCCGUGGCUAAUUAUCUCUUUGCAAAUGCUACGCAACCAUUGAUUAUGGCUCGUAGCAAGGAACCCUUGACCACAGUACCAGCACCAGAUUUAACAGAUGAAGGUGUCCUCAUAACGAAUGUUACAAUACAUGUUAUCAGCAAACCGGAUAAUCAAGUGCCAUUGAGACCUGUUAUUGAAGAAAUCAAUAUGAACAUAAUUAAAUUCCACAUAGAGGAGAAUAUCGUUGGUGGCAUUAUUGGACAAUUGCUCUACAAGAAUGGCAUAAAUAUUGUGAAUAAUGACCUCGAAUCCUAUCGGAGUUUACAAGGAGCACCGUCGGCGACAACAACAGUAGUAUCCUCAGCACCCGAAACAAAUAUCACACUGAAUUCCCGCUUCCGCAGUAAAUCUCCACGACGGCAAACACGGAAACGUCUACCACGACGUUUGGCCCAGGAUAGCAACAUCAAGCUACGCUACAUUAUUGCCAAUCAGCAGGAGGUUAUCAAUAAAAUCUCCAUAACCGAGGAUGGUACCCUGUUGACGGUGACGGGAUUGGAUCGUGAACAAAAAGAUACAUAUGAUUUGACGGUGAUUGUGGAAUAUACAACGGGAUUGGUGAGCGGUGCGGGGAUUUACCAAGUUGAGGUCAGAGUGGAUGAUGUCAAUGAUAAUGCACCGGAAUUUAAUGAUUUGACCUAUAUGGGUUUGAUAAAGGAGAAUAGUGCGAAAGGCUUUGAGGUGGCAUUAAAUCGACCGAUAAUAAUCAAGGAUAAAGAUUUGGGUAAAAAUGCUGAAUUUAAAGUGGUCGUGCAGGGUGACUAUAGUGAUUUGUUUGAUGUGACAUGGGUGCAGCAGGAAAAUGCAUCGGUUCUGACAAAUUUACCCAGACGUCCUGAGCUGUUCAAUAUUUACAAUUUAUCGGAUCAAUGGAAUGAUGAUUUGAAAUUUUUGGAAAUGCAAGCAGAUUUGAAACCUUUUAAUCUGAGAAUGAAUAAUCAACCGUUCUUUAAGGUGAGCUAUUCAGGGAGUCGGCCCUUGGAUCGUGAAAAGGAUCAGAUUUAUAAUUUGAAAUUAUUGGCAAUUGAUACGGGCGGUUUGACUUCGUAUGCGAAUUUAAAUAUUUUGAUUGCUGAUGUGAAUGAUAAUGCACCGAUUUUUGAGAGGAUAUCGGUAUUCAAAGAUUCGAGGGUGGAGAUCAGGGAAUAUACCACAGAUAUGGAAAUUUAUUUUGUGGAGUCUUCGAUGGCUUCAAUGCCGAAUAUGAUGGCAUCGCUGACCAGUAAUAUUGUGGUGCCGCCGUAUUUUUUGCCGGGUUCUCCGAGACUGAAUGGAGCGGAGGGUAGUUUUAAUGAUACCCAAUCUCCGCUGAGGCCGAGAUCAAGAGCCCGGAGUAGAGGAAGGCCAAGGAUCGCUCGAGCCAUGGGAGGCUUAAGUAAAUGUCCAUUGUUUGCAAUCUAUGAGGAUACCCCGCUGCUGAAGAAAAUUCUACAGGUUACUGCUUCGGAUGAGGAUUAUGGCCGAAAUGCCCAGGUCCAUUAUGAAAUUGUGGCGGAAAGUAUUGAUAAGCUGUAUGGAGGAGGUGGAGCCACCCCGCUACCCAGUAAAUUCAAUCAACAUCGAUUUUUUGCCAUCGAUAAGCUGACGGGGGAGGUUAUGAUUAAUUAUCCCCUGGUGGCCAAUGUGGAGAUUCUGCUAAAUAUUACCGCCAGUGACAUCGAUAACCUAAAGGAUUCAACAUGUCUACGCUUUACCAUUAUUGAUGUGAACAAUCACGCCCCGGUUUUCAAAAAGACUUGGUAUAGUUUCGAUACUGCCGAGGGAGAAUACAAAGAUUCGGUGUUGGGUCAAGUUCUGGCAGUGGAUUUGGAUUUUGGCGAAAAUUCCAAUGUUUCCUAUGCCCUAAGUGAUUCGGAGUUGCCGUUUAGAAUUAAACCCCUAUCGGGUGUCAUCAAAAUAUCCGGAUCUCUGGAUCGUGAGCUAAGAGAUAAAUAUACCUUCCAUGUCAUUGCAUAUGAUAAUGCGGAACCUUUAUAUCGCCUCUCCUCUUCCGUGGAGGUUGAGGUCAAUGUCCUCGAUGUAAAUGACAAUAAACCGGAAUUUAUUGGCUAUGACGACCUCGUCAAGGGCGAUUUAUAUAUACACGAUUUCGCCGACAGGACCAUGAAGGUACCCCUGUAUAAGGCCUUCCUCGAUCGUAAUACCAAACCGGGGGCUUUUGUGAAACAAGUGAAUGCUCUAGACAAAGACUACCUCGGCAAUGGAAAUGGUUUGGUUUUAUAUUCCAUUCUGCAUCACGACUCUCUGCCCAUCUUCAACAUAGACUCACGGGAAGGUAUCAUUACCACAAUUUCCGAUUUUAAGGGAUACAACAACUAUGGUCACCUAAACGUUACCGUAAUUGCCUCAGACUUGGGUAGCCCCUCCCUCACCUCCACAGCCAUUGUUUUAAUCAAUCUACAGGGUCAGGUCAUUGUGGAGACCACCACAACGCCGAAACCCGAAGAUCCCUUCCUGACGGGGAAUUUAUCCAUCUUCCAACAUCAGUACUAUGAAAUACAAAUUCAGGAGAACAAUGAAUCUCCCACCGAAUUAAUGAAAUUAAAUUUCACCAAAGGUUUCAAUCCUGAAACUUACAAAUGGACUCUAUGGGUAGAAGAGGGUCAAGACGCUCAGCAGGAUGCUUAUCCACCAUUUGAAUUUGAUCCUAAAUUAUCUACCCUCUAUGCCCUUAAAUCGUUCGAUCGUGAACAAAUUGACCGCUAUCAAAUACGCCUGAAAGGUGAAAAGCCAAAUCGUGAAGGACGUACCUAUACCCGUCUAGCCUAUCCGGUGGUGGAUGAACGUCUUGAGGGUUUGGAACACAACGAGUGUCGUAUACUCAUUAAGAUCCUCGAUGAAAAUGAUAAUUCACCAAAGUUUAAAACUGCCGGACAGCCAAUCAUUGCAGUGGUACCACGCACAGCCUCAUUUGGUUAUCCCAUUACAAGGGUGGAGGCCACGGAUCCUGAUUAUGGUCUAAAUGCAGAAAUCCGUUAUCGUCUACUAAACGAUCAUUCAAGGUUGUUUGCCAUCGAUGAAACUAGUGGAAAAAUCAGACUCAUUAGUACAAUUGAGUCGGCUUCGGACAGGGUAUAUGGUUUUGAUGUUAAGGCCAUGGAUCGUGCUGGAGCCGAUGAUGGUCGUAGCAAUAUUAUUAAUGUGUUCGUUUAUGUCAUCGAUGAGAAGAAGCAAGUUCGUAUUGUGGUUGCGGGUAAGCCGGUCGAUGUGGAAAAGAAAAUUGACGCAUUGAUGUUGACCCUCAGUGAUGCUAUUGGCAUGGAGGUGCGUGCACGUCUAUUGGAACCACAUAUCGGAAGUGCGGAACCAGCAACUGACGCCUACAUUUACGCCGUGGAUUAUCGAACCAAUUCCAUUGUCGAAAUGGAGCAACUGCAAGAGUCAUUGUCCACAAUCCAGUUGGACACGUUGCAAUUGCAUCAACAACAGCAGCUGCAACAGAAUGCCCAAAAUGGCUAUUGGGAUGUAAGCAAGACAAUGCCGCGUAUUAUUGAGUUGGCUGAGCUGGGUAAAAUUCCCCAUAAAUCAACGCAUAGUGCAAAUUUUUGGAGCAGUUUGGAAAUAGUUGCGAUUGUGUUGGUGGCAUUUUGUGGCGUGGGAUCGGUGCUGACGGCAUUGUGUUUUAUGUGUAUGCGGCAAAAACGUGGUUUAUGGUCUCAACAAGAAUUUCCAUCAUCUGAAACUGGUUUAACAUAUACCAUAGCACGUGCUGGCCUGGAUACAUGUCGUAGACGCCGUCAUCGGACACUUCAGCAAGCUGUGGCAGCUCAAGAACAACAAUUGCAUCAACAGCAGUUGCAACGUCAAAGUCAACAAUCCCUAUGUUCCUCGGCGAAAACCCAAUCGACUGCCUUGGCAACACAAAAACUAACACCGGCGUCGGCACAACCUGAAUGGACACAACAACAACAACAGUUACAGCAAAAAGCUCAAAAUCUCCAACAAAGUCUAUCGCAAACACCAACAAAUAGUCCACAGCAGCAUCAACAUUUUCAUCAUUCGCAUUCACACUCGCACAUACAUCAACAUCAGCAUCAAUCGCUGCCAUCGUUGCAGACACCACCGCAGCAGACGCAUCACUAUUUGCCACAGGUGCAACAUCAUCAUCAGCAUUUGAAUAAUGAACCACGUCCACCACGAGAAUAUAUCGAUGUUCCUCUGCCGAAAUCUGUAGUUAAAUCCAUAGCCUUAAGAAAUGCCGAAGAGGAGGCCUCAUCGCCAUCACCUUCAUCGCCGUUUGUGCUAAAAUAUAAUGCCUGCCAACCGGUCAAUAAUAUGAAUAUCUCACCCCAUUCCUUCGAGACCUCUAUGUUUUCGCUGCAUUCCAGUGGCCAAGAUUCGGGUGUUGAUUUUGUUAGCAGUCGAGAAUUAUAUGAAACAUCACCGGAUUCAUUUGAUUCGCAGCAGUCGAAGAAGCCUUCACAUAAAUCCCUGUGUCCGCGUCAUGCCAAGGAACAUUUGGAACAGAAACACAUAAAGACAAGUGGUUCGAAGCUGGAUUUAAAUAAUACAGAUUCGAGUGAUAAUUAUGAAGAUUCUUUACAGAAUGAUGAUGCUCUAGUUGUCAGCAACUGUCGAUCGCUUUGCGAACAUCAUCUCCAGCAACAUCAACAACAACAGCAGUCGCAACAUCAACAGCUCCAUCAGGAACUCUAUCAAAAUUCACAAUUCGAAAAGAGAUCCUGUGUCCGGCAUUCAUUUUCCGGUGUUAAAGAUGAUCUAAUGCAAAAUUCCCCUGGGAUAUCGUUAAGGGCUCGUGGCCAUAUCCUGCGUAAUUCGAUGAAUGAUUUAGAACAGCGUUUACACAAUUUGGAGCAAUCCUUUAAGCGACCGUUGGAUUAUAAAACGAAAGAUAAUUCAUUGCAAUUUUAG